AUGUUUGGAACUCGUUCGUCCUCGCAGUGGAAUAUGGCGACAAUGAUGAAGACCAGCGGCAUCACAGAAGACGUACAACAACAUCUCGUCCGUGUGUAUGCAACGUUAGCAUCAUGUGUCUUGUCGGCAAUGCUCAGCUCUGCCUGCAUGGUGUUAUAUGGUCCGGAACGUUGGUCCCUUAUGGGCUCGUCACUUGUGUCCAUAUUGGGCUCAAUCUGGCUCUGUAAGGAGCCCGAGCAGAACUACAACAAGCGAUUUUGUAUUCUUAUGACAAUCUCGGCGGCCAUGGGCCUCAGUGUGUCUACACUCGUCGCUGUAGCGAUCCGAGUGGACCCCAGCAUUCUUGUCUCAGCCUUACUGAUAACGACGCUGGUCUUUAUGUGCUUCACUGGAAGUGCCUUAAUUGCUACUCGUCGAUCAUACUUGUAUUUGGGUGGCAUCUUGAGCUCGGCAUUGUCAUUAAUGGUGCUAACAAGCGUGUUGUCCAUCUUUUCCCAUUCGUCAUAUCUGUUCAAUCUGAAUCUGUAUGGCGGGCUCUUUCUCUUCUGUGGCUACGUUGUCUACGACACGCAGAUGAUUAUUGAGAAGGCCAGUUUGGGAGACAAGGAUGUGCUCAAGCACACGCUUGAUUUGUUUAUGGACUUGAUUUCCAUUUUUGUGCGUAUUCUCAUUGCGCUGCUCAACAAAAACAAACGUGACAAACCUCGUCAGCGCCGUCAGGACUAA